GUAUGUGACAUUACUGGAUCAGACUGACUGAUGCUCUAUCGUCUUUAAUGCUGCAGCUGGCAAAGGUGGAGCUGAUGUUAACAACCUUAUCUACUUGGAAUUUUGCUUCUUAUUGUCCAACAGUGGCCGGAGAGCCAAUGUGACAUAACAGCCUCCCCUCUACUGGGUCCAGUCUGUGCUUUACAUGCUGAACCCACUGCAUGGAUUUACUCCCAGACAGCAGAGGAGGUCCAGGUCCAGGUCUGGCUGGAUCAGGCCUGGGUUCUGUGCAGGUUCACCUCUUCCUCACCAAACUGGGGAUGAAGCUGCUUUUGUGUCAAAUUUAACCAGACUAAGACAUACUUUUAUCCAUAUAGGCAAGUUUGACCCAGUGGGGGGCGCAGUGAGGCUGCACGAGGAGCCAGCAGGGAGUCCGGAGGAGGAGGAGGAGGAGGAGGAGGAGUCAUCGGACAUCGACUCACCGAGCGGCUCCUGACCGGUCAGAGCGCAGCGGAGCCCCAACGAGCGGGGCGAGGGGCAACGAGCACAUCAUAGCGAGGAUCGACAGCGGGGGAGCGGCGGAACUAAGGCGGAGGCUCCGGUCCUCCCUACUGGACUUUAACAGAUUUUAACCCGCGGUUAUCUUCUCCUCCCUCGGCAAAUAACGGAGUUACCGUGAAAGUAGUGGAAGUAUCGCGACUGGUUCGCAGCCGCAACCAUGAAGAAGAACAACUGCGGGAAACGGGGUCCGCUAGACUCGGUGCCACAGAGCAUUCAGCCCGAUAAGGUUGGCUGGAUCCGAAAGUUCUGCGGUAAAGGCAUCUUCAGAGAGAUCUGGAAGAACCGGUUCGUGGUUCUGAGAGGAGAUCAGCUGUUCAUUUGUGAGAAAGAGGUGAAAGAGCUGGGUCGGGCUGAUGAGGCGUUGGACCUGACAGACUAUGAGCGCUGUGAGGAAGUGAGGAAGAACAAGAGUCGCAGCAAAAAGAACCACAGCAAGUUUAGACUGCUGCGCUGCAGCACACCGGGAAGCACGGUUCCUAACCUGGUCUUCCUGGCUGUCAGUCCGGAGGAGAAGGAGUCCUGGAUGAACGUCCUGAAUGUCGCCAUCACCCGAGCCAAAAACAGAAUACUGGAUGAGGUGAUAGUAAAAGACUCUCAGCUGUCUCAUCUGACUCGAGAUCGGGUGAAGAUUCCUCACAACCGCCGACUCCCAACCAGAGGUCACCUGCUGGCUGUGGCCUCCACCUCCUCUUCAGAUGGGAUGCUGACUCUGGAUCUUAUCCAGGAGGAUCCGCCUCAGGGAGUCGAUGGCUGUGACAGUUUCAGGGCCGACUUGGACAAAUCAUUGUUCCACGUCAUUCCAGACUGUGCCAGGUCCAAAACUGACAGUACUGUCUCCGCCAGGACUGCAGAGGCUUCUGGGAAAUCCCAGAGCCUUCCUCGUGAAGUGGCGGUGGUGUGGGAGCAGGCGAGCCCUGCACAAACCCCCCAGCCCAGAAAACGCUUGACAACAUCAGAGAAAAACCGCUGCGCCUCAAUGGAGGAGAUCCUGUCCCACUCAAAGACCAAAGCUGCUCAGAACAAGACGGCAGUGACGUGUCGCUCGCUUGGACCGACCAACACCACGGUACCCAUCGGCCAGCUGCAGGAGCUGAUCAGCCAGAAGCUGCAGAAGACAGAGCAGCUGCUGAUAGAGGUGCGGAUGAAGGCGGAGGCAGACGCUGGUGAGCACGGAAAGACAAAGGGGAAGGAGUCGGCUGAAGCAGCACAAGUUGAAGCAGAGAGACUCCUGAAGGAGGCGGCGGUGGCCUGGAGCCAGGCCCUGGAGGUGUUGGAGGAAGUGAAGGAGCUGAGGGCCUUGUACCAACAAGUGGACGCCUCUUCCACCAUCACCCCCUCCAACAGCAUCAAACCAAAGCCAGACCGCAAGAGCCUAAUAUGAGCUGGAGGGUAUGGACUCUGGUGCAAAAGGGUUCACACCAAUCUGGUCCAGGUAAAGCUGAAGGCAACAUCUGCUUCUGUUUGCUGGACUUCAACGCUGCUGCAAAAUGGUCAAACCACUUUUAAAUUAUUUAGAAAACUUCAGGUUUUGAGUCUCAGCUAUGAAAAAGGACCUGACCUGUCCUGUAAACUGAGACAGCUCAGUGCUUGGGUGCAUGAAACAUCUUAGAUAAAUAUCUUCCUCUAAAAAGUGUAUGUGUAGCAAACAUUUUAUCUUAGUCAUGCCCAGGCUCCAAGAAGUCCAGAAACAUCUAUUCGUGGCUGCACAGACAUCCUCAGUAACAAAAACACCAGCAGCCACUCAAGGUACCAUUACAGAAAGUUAAUUUCUCAUCAAAAUGAAUGAAAAUGUGCCAAGAGGAGAGUUUAUAGAUGAGGAGAAUCUGCAGUCACUUGAUCUCAUCUGCUGUUUCUGUCUGUUUACAUCAUGGUUUGUCUUACUCGCAUGUUGGAGAUGUGAGAAACCAAAUCAAGAAUGUUUUUCUGCAGCUGGGCACUGGACUGGAGGAGGAACUGCUGACGGUACGAAUACAGGGUACAGAGGAGGGAGGACUUCCUGAAUGCCACAAAGGUGGAGGAGGAUUCUGAAAAAGACAAGCCCAGCACAGUGAAAUGAUGUGAAAAGAAUCAAGUCCCAUUUUCUAUGGAUUGUUUCUGGGGCCCAGGUCCAUUCAGGCCAUUUGCGCUUUUGUUUUGUUCAGGUUCUGUUUGAAAUAUACUCGUCCAUCCUGGAAGUCACAGAUCCACUUUGUCUCCGGUGCGAUGUCAGGCCCCAGAUGAGGACAAACAUGCUAUGCACCCCGACCAUCCGGUCUUUACGUUUCUUCUUCAUUGUGAAUGUGUUCUGAGACACGCUGGAGGCUAUGACGCACCAACAGACUCAGCUGGAAACUCAGGUGUAAAUGUUUGACAAGGACUGGACUAGAACACAGGAGCCUUCAGUCUUCACUCAUGGUUUCUGUAGAUCAGGAUGUACUAACAAAGCCAUUUUGACUUGAAGAUACAAAAUAAUGAGUUUCUCUGAGCAAUUUCUUUUUUAUAACUCAUAACAUUUCAUUGUUUUUUGUAGUUUUUUGAUCAUCAGGUCCUGAUCCUGCUGAGAGGAACAGUCAUGGACCGAGGAUCAAUCGUGAAAAUCAUUUUAAAUUCAUCAAGCUUGCUUAAGAUGAAAACCUGGUGUAACUGGAGAAAGAAUCUUUGGUGGAAAAAUAAACAGCGACACUUAUGAUUCAUGAUAAACUUGAUGUGGCAGGAAUCAUUUUCACUGAAACAUCUGAAGACUCGACUAUGUUUCAUACAGUCAAGAGUUUUUUGGUUUUUUUUUUAUUUUUUAAACGAGAUAGUUUUCUACUGGUUGAACUGGUUCCUCUUCUGUGUAGCAAUAAGAAGUGACAUCACACCAAUGGCAGUGUGAAGGGACAAAAAAAAGCUUUUACUGGUUGAAACACUUUCAUUGCAGACUCACCAAUACCAAGAACUUGGCCAGAAAAUAAACAUUUGAGUUUGUAAUUAAAAACAGUGAGACAAAGGAAUGAACCAAAAUUUUGGCCACAACAGUGUUUCUGAACAGCAGAAGCUUCUCAAAGUACUUUUGUAAAUUAAAUAACGUGCUGUUUUUUUGUAGUGCCUUUAUUAACCAAAAUGUCCUCCUGCUGAUAUUUAAGUCAAGGAUGUAGCUGGUGAUUUUCUCUGUGUGUUACUGUGCACAAACCCCAUCCAGAGACCAGCUGCACCAGUGAAUGUGGUGUCCUCACCGUAAUGUUUGAGUCCAGACCCUGGUCCAGCUUAUCAUUCUAUGCCGCGCGUUUCCUACUCAGGAAACAUGGGAGGCCAUCUGUUUCCAACAACCAGCUCCAACAUGUUGUUCUGUGCAGCGUGAGGAGCAAAGACCAGUGACGACUCCUUCCUUAAGGCACUGUACUGAGUGACGGCUGUGCUCAGCCUGUGGAGCCGUUUGUUGAGGCUGUCCCAUUUUCACUUGAUUUAUCAGACAAUGUGGAAAUCUUAGUUAACGCACCUUUGAUAUUAAUGAAGGUGAUGGAUUUUUUGUGUUUGACUGAAACAGUGGAUUAUUCCUUUAAUUCUCUUACUGUCAAAACACAUUCACGUGUUCGUUUCAUCUUCCCUGGUAAUGUUUCUGUUCUGUCUCCUAGUAGCUGCUGAGGCCUUAAACCCAGAGGGGAUGAUGGGAGAUGUAGUCCAGCUCAUGUGCUAAAAUAAAAUCAAGUUGAACCUGGAUCACUGCUGCUUCAUUAAACUGUCAACGAGGAAUCCUUCAGGCUUUAAUUAGUGUGUGACUGCUUGUUGCUAGGCAACGACUGACACCUUCAGUUCACACCUGCAGAAAGAAAAAAAUCUGUUAAAAAAGCAAAACAAAACAAAACUUUACCUUGGGGAAAAAAGUAAGACGGCAUGUGCACAGACUAAAUCAUAACAGAUUUACAGUUCAGACAAACGGGAUGACAAAA